AUGGACAUCGACAAUAUUGGAUCCGCUACCGUGAUUUGUCCAAGCCGAGUCAACGACACCGCUUACGUAUGGCAUCCUCGAACAACAUCAAGUGAACAGGCGAAUCUCAAAACUUACGUGAGUGAAGGUGGCAGGUUUCGUUCCGUUGCUCUUUCGGAUGUAGUGGUAACCGAUGCACCAGUCGCAUACGUUUCGGUAAAAUCGGACGUAAAACAGACGACAAUAAACUUGGAUUUCCCUAUGGCAGAGAUAUAUGCCGUAAAAGAACGGCGUUUGAUCUUCAUCUGUGGGCCGCAUGAUUUGGUUUUGAGCGAUACGAUGCAGCGUCACCUUGACCGUCUCAGUGUCUCUCAGCCCGAUAUGCUUCCUAGGAGUAUAAUCACACCAUUGAUGCGAGAAGCAAAGAAGAUGGGAGCGGGGUUCGGGGUAGUUUUUGUAAACAUACGACAUCUUUAUUUACCCCUUCAAGGCUGUGGAAGCCGUCCAUCACCACUUUUUGCUGCGGAUAACGAGGUGACUGUAGAUCCCAUCACUGGUACGCGUUCAUGUGUGGCGGAUCCGAUGUCGAAAUCGCGCAUUGGAUUUCUUUGCGAAGGACGUCUUGAACCUGAGGAUUGCAUGAGACUCCUCGUGGACAAGAAUGGAGGCAUGGUCACCGCUCCUCGACCAUUUUCUUAUUGGAAGUUCGAAUACCACAAACCCUGGGUGGUAGCACAAUAUUUCGAUAAAUUAGCAAUACCGCCAUUCAACGGCGAAUGUAAAUGCAUAGAUUCGCAUACAGGCAAGGUGAAGGCCAAGAUAGAGAUCCGUCCGAAAAACGACUACGUUUGCGACAUUACCAGCAAAAUAUUUCGCAACCGUUUACGCCCUAUCAAUGGCCCGUGGUGUUCGGUUGUACUUCAUCCAGGUAGCACAUUGACUAUCCGGUUUCCAAUAGUGGAUGUCGACUCGGGUCCUAUAAAUGAGGAUCCCUCUCUUGGUCUUUUAUCCCAACAAUUAUCUAUAUAUGAGUUCGAAACAAAAUUUUUGCCAAAGGACUUGAAUACGCUUCGACGACUGGCGAGCGUCUAUGACAUUGAUACGUAUGAAGAAAUCUCCUACAAUAAAGCCCUUGCUGGUGAUGCGCUUGAAUUGGAUGCUUCACAAAUGGCACGGGGAGAGGUGAAGUUGAAAUACCAUCUUGACAAACCCCUCACAUCACUAGGAGGACACAAUUCGUUCUUCUUUCAUUGGACAUUGAAAUCGAGGAAUAAGUAUGUCUUCGAUCGAAUACGUGCCGCGGUUAAUGUGUCCUUUGCAUUUACUCAUGAGUAUGAGAUUGUUGGUUGCAACAGAGGGUCUAAAGGCGUUUUCCAUCCGGCAAUGGGCAGAGAUUAUUGUUCAAACAAAUGGGUGGAGAAUGGUGUAGGGAAUACAUAUGAAUGCUUGUACGAUGUUAUACGCUACGGUGGCCAAGCCGGUAUUUACUGCAGGCCAGAUGAGGUCCUGUUGCCCGAUAACUGUGAGUCCACCGGAUACGACCUCUACUCAAACAGGCCCAUUUCAUUGCCUGCUUCGGUGCGUAAAGCAACCCCAUAUCGAAUUCGUGGGUUCCAGGUGUUUGACAUGGGCUUCCAGAACAACGCCGUCAGUUAUGCUUGCGUAUGUGUCAAUGAACAUGGUUACGAAACCUCUAGGCUUAUUUUAGAACACAACCAUAACGAAACGCACCGCUACACAGUGCGUCACGAAGACGCAUCUGCUCCAUUGCAUCCCUCCAUUUUGAUGCCUUGGAGCGAGGUGGGAUUAUCGAGGGAAGGACUCAGAUCACCAGAAGCGCUUGUUCUACACGACACAAUUCAAAAUCAUGUUACAUUGCACGUAGGUACAACCUUGUUAUUGCGUUGUGGAAUUGAUAUGAACGUUUGGUUAGGUUAUGGAGGCAAUAUAAACACUAAUGCCCGAGGCGAUGUGCCAAAAACGGCGUGGUUUCCAAAGCAACUUAAAAACUUCUACUUCACGGUAAAAAAUACAAUACAUGGGUCUGUGCUUGUAAAAACGGCAUACAACGACUCAAUUAUCACGACGCCAAGCGGGCUGGAAUUCCACUACGAUGUAAGUGUCACAUCCCCUGGAUCUCAAAUAAUGAUGAUCACAUCUCGUAAAAGCGCCAUUCUGAUAUCUAAGGAUCCAAUUUACAAAAAAAUUGUACCUAUUACAUUUGUCUGCGGUAAAGCGCCAGAACCGUCAGAGCUGCCCAUUGUCACUGACGUUGCAUCAACUUCGUCAGCAUCUCCACCACCUAACAUUCAGGGCCUAAAAUCCUCGGCACGAUACACGUGGCAUGUCGUGGAAGUUGCCGUAGAGACGACGGACCCGUAUAUGCAAGGUUGCGGCGUUACAUACGAGUCCACUGACCUAUUCAAACCUGAGACACCCCAACUCUACGACGCUGAUGGGCAACUUCAGUUCGGCUGUAAGAUUGAUCUCCAUAUGGCUAAAGAGGCUGCAUUCUACUGCCCAGCGCCGUAUGUCCUGGACCCACCCAAUUGCUUCAGCCAGGUCUCCGUGGACGGCACCGUCAAGAACACGCGCGACAUCAGCCAAUCCCUGGUGACAUCACAAUCAAAUCAUUUUAUGAUUUUGUAUUCAUUCAGUGGACUCGUUGGGCCCGGAGAGAAGCUACGCCAGACGCCUCCGUUGGAGUGCCGCUGCGUCACCAUAAAGGGUAUCGUUCUCUCCACAAUCCAGAUAGAGAACUACUACGCCAAGUAG